UGUUUCUCAGUGUGGCGCUGUGUGGCAGCACUGUUCUGUCGGAAACGGAAUUAAUACCGAGCAUUGCAGUGUGGGAUAGUUUCCGGAGAAGACGAGAGAGCUCUCGUAUAGCGUCGACUGUGUGGAUCAAAAACUGAAAUGAAUUAAAAAUUAAAUUUCCUCUGAAUUAAUGGUCUAAUUUAAAAGUGAUAGGUCAUUGAACAGGAUACACCUUGUUAUCGGUUCAGGGGAAGGAAAAUGUUGUGAAAGGGUCUCUAAUGAGGAUAGAUGUAAGAGGUGACUGAACAAGUAACCAGCUGGAAAACUGAUCAGCUAGCUAUAUUAUUGCUAUUGGGUUCACACACCCCUAAUCUUAUUUCGCUGUUACAUCUUUUUGGCGACCAGCAAUUUGGUUUGGAAUACAGUUUUAUGUAAUUGAAUCAUUGCAGCCGUUCUGGUGAUUUACUGUUUCAUUACAAAAAACAAAACACAAAGUAAAUAAAGAGCAGGGUGAGGAGAGUUAAGCUAUUGCCCGUUUUAGGCCGCGCUGAUAUACUGUUGCAGUGAAUUAAGUAGUAUUAUAAAACCCCUUACUAAGCAAUGGCUUCUUCGUCUGGGACCGAUGAUGACCUUACCAUACCUAGGGCAGCUAUCAAUAAAAUGAUUAAGGAAACCCUGCCCAAUGUCCGAGUGGCAAACGAUGCCAGAGAACUAGUGGUGAACUGCUGCACUGAAUUCAUUCACCUCAUCUCAUCAGAAGCAAAUGAAAUCUGUAACAAGUCAGAAAAGAAAACCAUUUCUCCAGAGCACGUCAUCCACGCACUUGAGAGCCUGGGGUUUGCAUCUUACAUUACGGAAGUAAAAGACGUUUUGCAAGAGUGUAAAACAGUAGCACUUAAAAGAAGAAAAGCAAGUUCCCGACUGGAAAACCUUGGCAUUCCUGAAGAAGAGCUACUCAGACAGCAACAGGAGCUGUUUGCAAAAGCGCGGCAGCAGCAGGCAGAGCUGGCACAGCAGGAAUGGUUACAGAUGCAGCAGGCAGCCCAGCAGGCACAGCUGGCAGCGGCCUCUGCCAGUGCAGCACACCAGGCGGGUUCCUCUCAGGAUGAAGAUGAGGAGGAUGACAUGUGAACCUCACCCGGCCACCAGCAUUGCCAGCCUCUACAGCAGCUUCUCUCUGCACACAAUCAGAAAAACACGUAGUCAGACGAAUGCUUACUUUCAUUUCGUAUGCAUCUUGGUGCACUGGGGCGUUAACAAUGCAGGGACGCCUUUGCCUGUCAGUGAAGACCAAACCGUUGUUGCUUUUUCCAGCUGCACCAUUCAACUUAGGUUUUUUUUUUUCGGGGGGGGGGGGAUUUAACAUAGGUAAAACCCCGGUGAAGGUGUCUGUGUCAUAGAUGAAAGAUAAGGAAGUCCCCUGCAGCAUUUUAUUUAAAAUAACCAAAUCCUAGCUCAGACUGUUCUUUUCUGACCACUAUGGUGAUGUGCAUUCACAUAUUUCUCACAUUAAGUGCCCAGGUAUGAAUACAGUAUUGUCCCCAUUUUACAUGUGGUUGCGGUACAACCACAUAGUGUACAGUUAAAGUUGCAAAUGUCCAGGGCUGGGUUAGAAGCCUGACAAUUUCACAGGGGGUUUUCUCCCCCCCCGCCCCUCCCUCUUUCUCCUUUUUAAUUUGUAUUUUAUUUGCUAGGAAAGUGCAAACACUCCUAGGAGGGAUGGAUGCUAAGAAAAAGUUCCUUAUUUUCAAUGUCUUCUUCAUGAGGACCAAUCCCUUUUUUAACCCCUAAUAAGAACAGACUGCCCAUUGAAUCGGCUGUCUCCAGUAGCAUUACAGCAUUGACCUGUCAAAAGCUGCAUUUGCAGGUCGUUGGAAGUCAUAAUAUUAAGACUGAUUUGUAGUUUGUCUUUAGACUAACCAGAAUGUGAAUAUUCUUUAAGGAAUGAACAAGGGAUAGGGUUCCAGAGCAUAAAUUGUAGGAAGAGUAUGCGUGUGUCUGUAUGCUAACUUGUUGGUUUUGGUUAAUUUUAGCUGUAUUUCUUUCCUUUUUAAAAAAAACAAACAAAAAAAAAACAUUCACUGUCACUAUUAUAUCAAGUCAGAACAUGUUUAUUUGUGGUUUGUAGGGUUUUCUUUCCUGUUACAACCCAUUUACAUGAAUUUAAAUGCAGAAUCAUAUCGCACAGGGUUUACUCUUUCACUCAGUUACAAGUGAAAAGGUUACCCAAGGAGUUUACAAAGACACUGAAGACGUUUUUGCUGUCUGUUUUGUAAAGCUCUCAAAUUAAAUUGAGUUUCCUCUCGAUAUUAUUUAAGUCAAAUUGAGGAGGAGGAGGUUAAACCCAGUGCUUUUUUCACAGUACAGUAUUGCAGUUCAUAAAUGCCUGCUAAUGCAAAGUAAAGCCUAAGAGCAAUAGGAAUUACUUUCAACCCAGCCUUGUAGUACCAAAGGAAGAAUUACCCUAGCAAUGGAAAUGGAUGUGUCUGGAAAGGUAAAUGUAAGUGUAAGCUAUUCUGGUUUGUGAUUGGUAAACGUGUAUAAAAUAAAUAUAAAGGUGUUUUGUAUUGUAAAAAAGAUUUAGUAACUUUCACCUCGUUCAGUUGUUCUUGAUACCCAAAAAGGAUGAUUAUUUUCAGGAGAAACUUGUAACGCUGCAUUGUGAAUGUACAGUGAAAUAUUAAAAAGUGAUUUUGUUGUGACUUCUCAUGGCAGUACCUGUUCUCAUGCGUUUUCACAAGCUGUAUUCUCUGAGCAAUAAAAUUCUGACAUUUUAUACAA